UUUUCUUCUCGGUCACUCUUCCCUCCCCAGCCUGGUGUGCGCCCCUUCCCGUCCUUGCCCCCCUUCAUUUUUAUUUAUUCGUAUUUAUUUGGAGUCCGCUCUUUCUGUCCCCUUGCCUUCCUCCCUUCUUCCCUCCGGAUCUCGGCUCUCUUCCCCGGAGUGGCGCGUCGGGGGCUCCGCCGCUGGCCAGGCGGGAUGUUGCACGUGGAGAUGUUGACGCUGUUGUUUCUGGUGCUCUGGAUGUGUGUGCUCAGCCAGGACCCGGGCUCCAAGACCGUCGCCGACCGCUACGCCGUCUACUGGAACAGCAGCAACCCCAGAUUCCAGAGGGGUGACUACCACAUUGAUGUCUGCAUCAAUGACUACCUGGAUGUUUUCUGCCCGCACUAUGAGGACUCUGUCCCGGAAGAUAAGACGGAGCGCUAUGUCCUCUACAUGGUGAACUUUGAUGGCUACAGUGCCUGCGACCACACUUCCAAAGGGUUCAAGAGAUGGGAGUGUAACCGGCCUCAUUCUCCAAAUGGACCACUCAAGUUUUCGGAAAAGUUCCAGCUCUUCACCCCCUUUUCUCUAGGAUUUGAAUUCAGGCCAGGCCGAGAAUAUUUCUACAUCUCCUCCGCCAUCCCGGAUAAUGGAAGAAGAUCCUGCCUAAAGCUCAAAGUGUUUGUGAGACCAACAAAUAGCUGUAUGAAAACUAUAGGUGUUCAUGAUCGUGUUUUCGAUGUUAACGACAAAGUAGAAAAUUCAUUAGAACCAGCAGAUGACACCGUACAUGAGUCAGCCGAGCCAUCCCGCGGAGAGAACGCAGCACAGACGCCAAGGAUAUCCAGCCGCCUUUUGGCGAUCCUACUGUUCCUCCUGGCGAUGCUUUUGACAUUAUAGCACAGCCUCCUCCCGUCGCCCUGUCACAGAGAACGCCAGGGUCUUGGAACACCAGAGAUCCACUUAACUGCUCAUCCUAAGAAGGGACUUGUUAUUGGUUUGCGGCAGAUGUCACAUUUUUGUUUUCUUUCCUUCAGCCUGAAUUCUAAACAACACCUGGGGGCCGGGGAAGGAGGCUGAGCGAGUUGCUGCCUGCCUCACCCGACCCCCAA